CAAAACAAAUGAUGUAUUUCCGGUUCAACAAUUCAGCGCGCUGAAUUUGAGCGAAUGUUGUCGGCUUUUUGACAGCACAGAGGACCGUCGGUAGUUUCUUUGGCAACGUUACCACAACUUUGGUUGAUACAAGUAAACAGAUUGGUAACGUAAAUGGUGUAAGUUUUGCAGGGAUGGACGGUGAAAGAAUGGAGGUGGAAAACCAGAAACAAAACAUCCAUGUGGAGGUCCAUGUUAAAUCUCACAGCACAGCUAAACUGUCUGAAGUGAGGAUUCAUGUUCUGGCGCUACUGAAUCGCCACAGCAUGGUUUUUGGAGAGUACAGAUGGACAGAGUUUGAUGAGGAUUACCUGCAGAAACAUGUGGAAUCUGUGGCUAUAGUUGAUAUCGAUGAACUGGUAACACAGCCCCUUGAUUUGAAGAGCUGUGCUGUCUCUGUUCACAUCUUCACUCUGAAUGAGGAUGGACCCAGCACACUCAGUUUGGAGGAGGAUGAGGAGCUUUCAGCAGCCAAUCACUGGUUGCUGCCAGCAGCUGAAUUCCAUGGGAUAUGGGAGAGUCUGGUGUAUGAGAGUGGAGUCAAAACCCAGCUCCUGGAUUAUGUCACAACAACAAUUUACUUCUCAGACAAAAAUGUCAACAGCAACCUGAUUUCGUGGAACCGUGUUGUGCUGCUUCACGGACCCCCAGGCACAGGGAAAACGUCACUCUGCAAAGCUCUCGCCCAGAAGCUGUCAAUCAGACUGUCAAGUCGGUAUUCUUAUGGGCAAUUUGUCGAGAUAAACAGCCACAGCUUGUUCUCAAAGUGGUUCUCAGAGAGCGGUAAGCUGGUCACAAAGAUGUUUCAAAAGAUCCGACAACUGAUUGACGACAAAGACGCUCUCGUGUUUGUUCUGAUUGAUGAGGUGGAGAGUCUGACAGCAUGUAGGAGUGCCUGCCAGGCGGGAACCGAGCCCUCUGACGCCAUCCGAGUGGUCAACUCCGUUCUCACUCAACUGGACCAGAUCAAACGACAUUCCAACGUCGUGAUCCUGACGACCUCCAACGUGACAGAAAAGAUAGACUUGGCGUUUGUGGACAGAGCUGACAUCAAGCAGUACAUCGGACCUCCAUCAGAGAAGGGCAUCUACAACAUCUACCUCUCCUGCCUGGAGGAGCUGAUGAAGUGCCAGAUCAUCUACCCCCGGCAGCAGCUGUUUACCAUGUUUGAGCUCGAGACGAUGGGCUUUGCAAAGAGUGAGGUGUCCGAACACAGUCUGACCCUGAGGAACAUUGCUAUAAAAAGCAAAGGUUUGAGUGGAAGAGCACUCAGGAAGUUACCAUUCCUAGCCCACGCUCUGUUUGUAAAGACACCGACAACAAAUCUUGAGCGGUUUCUGGAGGCUAUGCACCAAACGGUGGCUAAACAGAGGGAGGAAAAGGCUAACCUGGACAACGGUUACUGAACUUAUUACAAUGCCCAAAGGCUGACGCAUGAUUGUUCAUGAGCUCUCUAUCCGCUUACAUCUUUUUAUAAAGCUUAAUCAAUUCAUUUGGCAGAAUUGUGUUAAAUUGAUUGGCAAGUAACAUUGUUUUAACAAAUGCUAUCGAUAACACAAGACUUUAUAUCUGAUGGUGUUGCUACCUUAAAAGACCAAGUCGGUUUCCGUUCAGGCAGUUUGGUUUGAGACGGAGAACCUAAUGCUUGAAUGUCCUGUUUACUCUGUUUGGAUUUUUUUAUGUAACAUUUAACUUUAACCAUAACAGUGCCAGCUUCUUUUGGUUCCCAUGUUAAAGGGAUAGUUCACAUUUGUAUUGACACAUUAUUGGCAUGAGUUACUUUCUUGUAUUGAUAUCACUGCGUACAUAUUAGCUCAGUCUGGAUUCUAUCGAAGAUAUCUUAUUGAGAUGGAAAUGUGUGUUUCUUAACUUCCAUUUUCUGCCGUUCAUUUCUCUCAUACAGGUUGCCAGCUCCCUGAGCUGCCUCCAUCCACAGUAUCUGUAGAAUAAGAUAAUGUUCAUGUUGAGAAAUGUGAACUGUCCCUUAAACAUGGCAGGUUUUUUUGUUUACGCUGUUCAUGUGUUCAGUUAUCUUUGUCAGUUCUAUAUUUAUGUUAACAACAAAUCCUCUUCAAACUGGAUUAAUGUCUUCAUUGUGACUUUAUUUUGUAUAUAACUUUGUAAUAAACAAUAUUGUUUAUGCGUGCGUGCGUGUGUGUGUGUGUGCGUGCGUGCGUGCGUGCGUGCGUGUGUUGAAAUCUUAACAAAGCCUUCGGGCCACCACUUGGUGGCGCACAGCUGCUGUCAUACAGUUUUAAAUAUGGAAAAAACUUGUUUUAUAUAGUGUGUUUUAUCAUAUGUGAUAAAGUAUUAAGUGAAAAAUGGCCACAGUAAAAUAAAAUAAAAACCAGAUUGCAGUUUAUCUUGUCUCAUGUUGGUUAUCUAAAUAACUGCUGAAUAAAUCAAUAAACCUCCACAAAUGUCAAAUGUACAUUUGCAGAUCUGUAGGUAAAAAGAGCCGAUCCAGUUUCUACU